GCAGUGGAAUAGGGUUUUCUAAUUUACAAAUGUUAUUUGCAUCAUUGAAUAUCCCUGGUGUAGCGGCUGGAACAGUCAAGAAAAGAGACAGAGAAGCAGGAAAGGCUAUUGAAUCUGUUGCCAAAAAAAGUUGCACUGAGGCUCUUGAUGAAGAAAUAAAAAUGAAUGAUGGGAAAGUUGAAAUAAGAGUUGCGGCUGAUGCUGGAUGGCAAACAAGAUCUAGUGGAAGGAAAUAUAACAGCUAUUCAGGUCACAGUUCACUUAUAGGUGAUAAAUCUGGGAAAAUAGUGCGGUAUGAUUAUAGAUGCAGAAAAUGCAGACUUUGUGAAAAUGCAAAAAGAAAAGGCAUUCAGCCCAUUGACCAUGACUGCAGGAAGAAUUGGGAUGGCUCGGCCAAAGCUAUGGAGCCUGACAUGAUAGUGGGGAUGUUGAAAGACUUAGAAAAAGAUCAUAUCCAUCCACAUGAAUUAGUAAUGGAUGAUGACAGUACGACAAUCUCACGUGCAAGAAAAGAGUGUGAGCAAAGUAUUACAAAAUUCAGUGACAGAAAUCACCUGAAGAAAACAUUUUCAAACAAACUGUAUGAUUUGCAAAGAUUCAAAAAGUAUCGACAACUUAGAGGAAAAACUAUGACACAUCUAAAGAAAUGCUUUUCUUAUGUUCUUGCCCAGAACCAGAAGAAACCUGAAGAGUUGAAAAAAUCCUUGUUGUGUAUUAUUCCUCAUAUGUAUGGAGACCAUCUGGCAUGCCCUUCAUGGUGUAAAUAUAAGCGGAAUCCAGCAAGUUACCUUCCACAGAAUCUUCCAUACAGCAGGUAUCUAACAUGUCCAGAGUUGAAAAAGGACUUGGAAGCCAUUAUUCAGACGUAUGCACAGCAAGCUGAUAAACUAUCUGAUCUUGGAUCAACACAAGCAUGCGAAAGUUUUAAUCACAUCGUUGCAUCAAAAAAUCCAAAGAGCCUCUUUCUGUCAGGAUCAGAAAGUACAAGUUUCAGAAUCGCUGCAGCUGUUGCACAGAAAAACAUUGGAAAGUCUUAUAUACAAGAAGUCAAUGAUGAACUGAAUAUGUCUCCUGGAGCCUAUACAGAAAAGGCGGUUGAAAAGAUGGACAGAAAAAGAAAGUUACAGAAGAUAAGACAGAGUAGUGCAGAGUACAAGAAAAGGAGAUGCCAAAUUAGGAAAUCCUCAAGUCAAGAUCAGGGUUGUAAAGAAGUGCGUGAAGGAAAAACAUAUGAAACGUCGGUUGGACUAGAGAAAAUGGAUGAGGAGCAGGACAUCAAUUCCAUUCCAAGUGCCACUGUUGAACCAGAGAGAAUACCACUAAGAAAUACUGAUAGCACAUUUGUUUACUUUGACCUAGAAACAACAGGUUUAGGUUCAUCAGCAGAAAUAUUGGAAAUAGGAGCUGCAAGAGGACAGGAUAUAUUUCAAAAAUACAUAAAACCCAAUGGUACAAUAUCUGCAAAUGCAACUUGUGUGACUGGUCUCCAUAUGAAAAACCAUGAACUUUACUACAGGGAUCAAAAACUUGCAACAACAGACUUGAAAUCAGCACUCCAAAAGUUUUCAGAGUGGUUAUCGGACUCGAAUUCUAACAUUCUUGUAAGCCACAAUGGAUUACGGUUUGACUUUCCUUUAUUUAUUCAAAACAUUACGUCACAAAAUAUUGUGAUGAAUACAUGCAUUGCCGGCUUUAUCGACACUUUGGAGGUUUUUUAAAAAUUCUGAUUUAAAGACACAAACUGGCAGUUUUUCUCAGGAGUCUCUUAUGAGAGAUGCAGGAAUCCAGUCAACAGGGGUUUCUCAUUGUGCUCUAACUGAUGCUAUGGACCUACAAAAUUUAGUGAACUUUCAUAACAUUCCUUUCAACACUCUGUUGAGUCAAAGUGUCAUGUACAAUUAUGUUUUACAGCAUCUAAAGUUUUCUUCAGUAAAGAAUGACAAUUUGAAAUCUCUUGACGUCUUAGUCCAUGGAAAAGUGAUAACAGAAUUUAUGGCAAAUAAAAUUGCAAAAUCUG